CUUCCGAGGCUGGAGACAAGAUGGCGCCCGGACGGUGCCGGCGCUGAGGCCGCUCCGCCGCCAGCGCGGCCCGGGGUUCAUGUAAUCAAAGGAGUUUCUUUGUUGUGUGUAUCUUUUCAGAACACAACAGGAAUUCAAAAUGAAUCAGAACACAACUGACUCCCCUGUUGCUGUGGAGACCUUGGAUGAUGUUCCUGAGCACGUGCUUAGGGGCCUUCCUGAGGAUGUGAGGCUCUUCCCAUCUGCUGUUGACAAGACUCGGCUUGGUGUCUGGGCAACAAAGUCAAUUUUGAAAGGCAAGAAGUUUGGACCAUUUGUUGGUGACAAGAAAAAAAGAUCUCAAGUUAAGAGCAAUGUGUACAUGUGGGAGGUGUAUUACCCCAACCUGGGCUGGAUGUGUGUGGAUGCCACGGACCCAGAGAAGGGCAACUGGCUGCGCUACAUCAACUGGGCCCGCUCGGGCAAGGAGCAGAACCUCUUCCCUCUGGAGAUCAACAGGACCAUUUACUACAAGAGUUUAAAGCCAAUCGCGGCGGGAGAGGAGCUGUUGGUGUGGUACAAUGGCGAGGACGACCCGGCGAUAGCGGCCGCGAUCGAGGAGGAGCGAGCGAGCGCCCGCAGCCGCCGGCACUCCCCGAAGGCCCGCAGAGGAAAGAAGAAGACUCAGGAAGGUAAAAACAAGGGAAAGAAGGCAGCAGAUACAAAACAGAAGACUGAUUUGGAUUCUACUUCUGCAGAUAUGAGGGAUUCUAAAGAAGGUCAUAAAGAGGAAGAUGAAACACCUUCUGUUUCUGCUGUGCUGUCUCUGGAACAAACAGCUGUGAUUCAGGAAAUGGUAAAUCAAGAUGUACUUCCAAAGCUGAUGAUCCCCAGUCCGACCAACGAAACACAAGUGGUAACUGAAGACAAACAAGGAGAAGCAAUAAACUGUGCAUCAGAUGAUUUAGAUGAUGAUGAAGAGGAGGAUGAAGAAGAGGAAGAUGAAGAGGAGCUGGAAGAUACCAAUAUGCCUAAAGAAAAUGCUGAAAUGCCUUUGAUAUGUGAAGAAAAGUUGGACUCCAUGGAAGAACAAAAGAGUACGUCAGAGGAAUCUCCAGAAAGCUCUCCAAAGAAAAAACUCGUGGUGAAAAUUCCAAAAGCAGAGGGGGAAUCCAACGGCGAUGUUCAGGAAACAUUCAUGUUUCCUUGCCAGCACUGUGAGAGGAAGUUCACAACAAAGCAAGGGCUCGAGCGCCACAUGCACAUCCACAUAUCCACCCUGAGCCACGCGUUCAAGUGCCGGUACUGCGGGAAAGCCUUUGGCACGCAAAUCAACAGGCGGAGGCACGAGCGACGCCACGAGGCCGGGCCCAGAAGGAAACCAUUCCUGACGCUGACGUCCUCACAACACUUGGAUAAUGUUGCUGAUAACCAAGUGAUUGUGGAUGAUGGUCUUAAAGAUGACUUGAAUGUUUCCAGUCUCGUGCAAGACUCUGUUGUCUUGGAUUCUGAGAAAGUUCCCCAGGAAAUGUCAAACUCGGCGUUCGCUGAGGAAAAUAAGGAGCCCAAAGAAUUGCAUCCAUGCAAAUACUGCAAGAAGGUUUUUGGCACUCACACCAACAUGCGGAGGCAUCAGCGUAGGGUUCACGAGCGUCAUCUUAUUCCCAAAGGUGUCAGAAGAAAAGGGUUCUUUCCUGAAGAGCCACCUCUCCCAACAGAGCCAGCCCCAGCAGUCCAGAGUGUGUACAUAGCGAGCACAGAAAUAGAAGAGGAAGGUGAAGGAGAUGAUGUCUAUCUUAUGGAUAUAUCCAGCAAUAUCUCUGAGAAUUUAAAUUACUACAUUGAUGGUAAAAUUCAGUCCAACAGCAGCACUAGCAAUUGUGAUGUGAUUCAGAUGGAGUCCAACUCUGCAGACUUGUAUGGAUUGAAUUGUAUAAUCAGUCCAGUCACAGUGGAAAUUUCCACAAAUUUAAAGGUUACACAAACACAUGUGAAUGAACCUCCUAAGGAGCCCUCUAGCAGUGGGAGCAGUGAAUCCAAAAAGAGAAGAACUGCCAGCCCUCCUCUUGUACCAAAAAUAAAAACUGAAAUAGACCCAGAACCUAUAACUCCUACUAGUUCUUUAAAUCUUCCUCUUAGCAUUUCAACAGAAAGCUUACAGUUUCAUAAAGAAAAAGGGGUUUAUUUGUCAUCAAAACUAAAGCAGCUUCUUCAGACACAGGACAAUAAGAAGAUAACUCCAUCAAGUGAAAUCCCUAAAAUAGGACCUUCUGUUACAUCAUCAUCUGUUUUGCCUCCAGUAUCCAGCAGAUUUAAAAGAAGGACCAGCUCUCCUCCCAGCUCUCCACAGCACAGUCCAGUGCUUCGAGACUUUGUCAAAUCAGGUGAGGGAAAAACCGUGUGGAAUGAUAAUAUUCGGAGUUCAAAAAUGCCAAAGUUAGAAAGCCACAGCAACUCACCUGCUUGGAGCUUGACUGGAAGGGAGGACAAAGAGACUUUGAGCCCUCAUUGCUUUGAAGAAUAUAAAAUAUCAAAAGACUGGACAGCAGCUCCAACUUUUGGCAAUGUGUGCAACCAGCAGCCCCUGGAUUUAUCCAGUGGUAUGAAACAAAGGUCUGACGUCAAAAGCAAGACUCAGGUUCCCUGGGAAUCUGUUUUAGAUCUAAGCGUGCAUAAGAAGCCUUGCAGCGAUGCUGAAAUUAGGGAAUGCAAAGAAAAUUCCACACACCCAACGUGUAGUGGUGUUAAGAAGAAGAAACCCACCACUUGCAUGCUGCAGAAGGUUCUGCUCAACGAGUACAACGGGACGGCCGCGGCCCUGGAGAGCGCGCCGGGCACGGCCGGCGCCGCCAGCCCCAGCAAGGCCCUGGAGCCUCCGGCCGAGCCCGACGCGGAUCCUGCUCUCUCGGCGCCAUCUUCCAGUGACACUCAGCCCCUCAGCUCCUCUGCUUCCCCUGUGCCACCGGCGCCCGCUGCACCUGCUGUGUGCCAGCUGCCUCCGUUGCUAACGCCCACCAACCCCCCCUCCCCGCCGCCCUGCCUGCCCGUGUUAACCGUGGCCACGUCCCCUCCCCCCCUGCUCCCAACCAUGCCCUUGCCCAUUCCAGAUGUCUCUGCCAGUGCCACUAACACUUCCUCCUGUCCCUCGCCACUCUCCAACACUACUACCCAAUCCCCCCUACCUGUUCUUUCACCUACAGUUUCUCCUUCUCCAUCCCCUGUCCCUUCUGUUGAACCUCUUAUUUCUGCUGCUUCACCUGGCCCCCCUACACUGUCUUCCUCAUCUUCCUCCUCUUCUUCCUCCUCUUUCUCAUCCUCUUCUUCCUCAUCAUCUCCAUCUCCACCUCCUCUUUCUGUAGUUUCUUCUGUUGUUUCCUCUGCUGAUAACCUUGAAAGUUCUCUCCCAAUAAUAAAACAGGAAGAAGCUGAAAGCGAGCAGCAGAAAGCGAGAGAAGAGCCUCAUACUUCAAGUGAAUCAGGAGUAGUGCAGGAAACCUUCAACAAGAGCUUUGUGUGCAAUGUCUGCGAAUCACCUUUUCUUUCCAUUAAAGACCUAACGAAGCAUUUAUCCAUUCAUGCUGAAGAAUGGCCCUUCAAAUGUGAAUUCUGUGUACAGCUUUUUAGGCAUAAAACGGACUUGUCAGAACAUCGCUUUCUGCUUCAUGGAGUAGGGAAUAUCUUCGUUUGUUCAGUGUGUAAAAAGGAAUUUGCUUUUUUGUGCAAUUUGCAACAGCAUCAACGGGAUCUCCAUCCAGACAAAGAGUGCACACAUCAUGAGUUUGAAAGUGGGACUUUGAGACCCCAGAAUUUUACUGACCCCAGUAAGGCGAACGCAGAGCACAUGCAGAACCUGGCAGAAGAUUGUUUGGAACCUUCAAAAGAGGAGGAAGAUGAAGAUCUAAAUGAUUCUUCUGAAGAGCUUUAUACUACUAUAAAAAUAAUGGCUUCUGGAGUGAAAUCUAAAGAUCCAGAUGUCCGUAUGGGCCUCAAUCAGCACUACCCAAGCUUUAAACCACCUCCGUUCCAGUAUCACCAUCGUAAUCCUAUGGGUAUUGGAGUUACUGCAACAAACUUCACAACCCAUAAUAUCCCACAGACUUUUACUACUGCCAUUCGAUGCACAAAAUGUGGAAAAAGUGUCGAUAACAUGCCCGAGUUACACAAACACAUACUGGCCUGUGCAUCUGCUAGUGAUAAAAAGAGAUACACACCUAAAAAAAAUCCAGUUCCCCUCAAACAGACAGUGCAGCCUAAGAAUGGCAUGGUGGUCAUUGCUGGGCCUGGGAAGAACGCCUUCAGACGAAUGGGGCAGCCUAAAAGACUCAAUUUCAAUGUGGAGAUUAGCAAAAUGUCCUCCAAUAAACUAAAAAUAAGUGCAUUGAAAAAGAAAAACCAGCUUGUACAGAAAGCUAUCCUGCAAAAAAAGAAAUCUGCCCAGCAGAAGGCAGAACUGAAAAAUAACCCAUCUGAGACGGACUCUCACAUCUGCCCCUACUGUAACAGAGAGUUCACUUACAUCGGGAGUUUGAACAAACACGCAUCGUACAGCUGCCCCAAAAAACCCAUCUCUCCCUCCUCCAAAAAGAAUUCUUCCAAAAAAAGCGCAGCUUCCUCACCUGCAAACAGUGACAAAGGCAGCAACCAGCGCAGGCGAACGGCGGAUGCAGAAAUCAAAAUGCAGAGCACUCAGCCUCAUCUGGGCAAGACGAGAGCACGGACCUCAGGACCCGCACAGCUCCAGCUCCCCUCUGCCUCCUUCAAAUCCAAACAAAACGUUAAAUUUGUACCUUCCAUGCGAUCUAAAAAGCCAAAUUCAUCUUCAUCCUUGAGGAACUCUAGUCCUGUAAGAGUGUCUAAAAUGUCCCAUGUUGAUGGGAAAAAAACUAAGGUGGUUUCCAAGAACAAUUCCUCUGGAAUCUCCAGCAAAGCGUCGCGGAAAUUGCACGUCAGAAUACAAAGGAAUAAUAAAGCUGUUUUGCCAAGUAAAUCUGCUGUGGCGAGUAAGAAAAAGGCAGACAGGUUCAGUGUAAAAUCUAGAGAGAGGAUUGGAGGACCAAUCACACGGAGUCUGCAGCAGGCAGCAAAUGCAGAAGCAGCAGAAAACAAAAGAGAUGAAAGCAGUACAAAGCAAGAACUGAAAGAUUUCAGUUUGCUGGAAGGCAUGGGAACCACCUUGUGGCAGCAGCUGUGUGUUCAGUGCUAGGUGUUAGAGCCAGUCCAGGGGAUGCAGCCAGGCCCCUCCUGCUCUGCAAGCUCCUCAGCCCCGGUGGGAGCUGCCCAGGGGGAUUCAGGCUGGGGUGCUUCUGCCUUUCUGGUUUGUCAGCAUUUUGUAUUGCAAGGCUGUUAUUGAAAAGUCUACUUUGGUUCCUGAUGAUUUUCUUUGGGGAGAUGUCAUAGAGUUGGAUGUCUGAGUGUUCAAUAUUGAAUGCAAAUAGGAAUAGCGUGCACUUCAUUUACUGUGGUUUGUGACUUCAUUUCCAAAAUUACGGGCUCAGCUCCAGGUUUUUACUGCAGAUGGGUUUAGCCAAGGAGCUGAAUUGCUAGAGACAGAUAAAUAGCUUGUGAAUGACCUUAAAAAGAGAACUUUGAAGACCUUACAUACUAAUUCUGGCUUUUAUUUACUGAAUGUGAUCUGUGUGAGUCACAUGAUGAUGUAGUUCUGCUCAUGAUGAAAAGGAGCUAAACAAUAGAUUUUGAACAAGCACAUGCUGGUUUGGAGCUGAGCUUUUGUGGUAAGUCUGUGAUGAGAGAGAGCUGAAUUUCCACAGCUAUUUAAUUAAACUGUAAAAUAUAGCAGCUUUCUAGUGGAAAAAAGGAUUUACCUUCCAGUACGUUGCAAGAACAGAAUGGUGAGGAAAAUAGAUCUAUUUCACGGCAAGAUGCAAAUAAAAUACUCUUAAAUAAGGCGUGGUAUUAGUGUACAGUUAAUAGUCCAUUGUACACAUCAAAUGAGAGAGUGGAAAUUGAAUGUUAUUAAAGAGGGAUUUUUUUUUUCCACGUGUCUGAAUGAGUUGCUGUUAUUUCCUAAGCUUUGUUUGGGAUCCUUUUUUUUUUUUUUAAGUAAAAAUGUCCUACGAUUUUUUUGAAUGAAAUAAAUACUAAAGUAACAGACUGCAGCAGGAGUCAGUGCUGCUUUGUGCCCAUCAGUUACAGUCAAGCAAGAGCUGGAUGUUUAAAAUGCAAGUAGAGUGUUAGAGUGGGAUGGGUGUAAGGCAUCCAGUGUCUAACAUGAGAUUAUUGAGAGGACACAGCACCAGGAGUCCUGUGCUGCCUCUGCACCAGUCUGCAGCCACUGCCUGCCUCUGUCCCUCUUCCUUAGUAAAGAGGAAGCCACUGAGUCACCUCGGGUGCUGCUUCCCACACAAACUUCAUUACUUUCCAUUCUCAUUUUGCUGCACCUUUACUUCUCUUAGUAAGUCUUUAAAAAUGGUUUUGGUCGGUCAUCCUUUUAGAGCAUUCAUUGGGGAAAGAGUACUGAAAUCCUGCUUUCUGGUUUUUUCCAGAUACAAGGCAGUAAAACUGGAACUCAAAGGGAACCUUGAGCAGGCAUCAAGUUGGAGGGAGGCUUUUUCUUAAGAGAUGGGUAGCUGCUUCAUUUUCAUAAUUUAUUCAAAGUGGUUAGUGAAACAUAAUGUAAUCAGCAACAUGCACUUUGUUUGUGUAUAUGUAUCUCUCCGUUUAAUUUUUUAAGACUUUUAUGUUUCAUGAGCCAAACGGGGUCUCUGAGUCAUGUUUUGGAUGACAGCACUCCCAGAAACUGCCAGAGGGUUGUGAGAAAUGCCUUGGUUAUUCAGUGGGUGAUGUUCCAUUUCUCUGAAACGCAGGGCUCAGCAUUCAGUCAUUCGUGGUGGCCUGGCACACAGCAGGUGAGCAGCAAAACUGAGACUUGCACCACCGUGUCAGUCCAAAAGUGUAACAAUCUCAUACCUGGGCCUGUUUCAGCAAAGCCUGCCUUGUUUCCAGCUCAGGGAGCUGGAGGGCUCAGCCUGGAGACAAGUGAGACACUCAGAGGGGACAGUCCCUCUACAGUUCCCUGACAGGAGGGUGCAGCCAGGUGGGGGUGGGCUCUGCUCCCAGGGAACAGGGGGCAGGACGAGAGGAGGUGGCCUCAGACUGUCCCAGAGGCUGCCCAGGGCCGUGGUGGAGUCCCCAUGCUGGAGGUGUCCAGGAAACACCUGGAGGUGGCACCCGGUGCUCUGGGCUGGGUGACAGGGUGGGGAUGGGUCACAGGUUGGACUCGAUGGCCUUGCAGGUCUUUUGCAACCUCAGUGAGUCUGUGAUUCCUUCUGCAGUCGAGGCAGUGCUCAGCAAAGUUCAAUGCCUGGGUAAAUGCAUGCAAGGGCUUUUUCAGGGAAGUGGUUUUCUUGGAAGGGCAGAGCUCAUUCCCACGUACACGCCUGUGCACAGCCCCCAGCCCUGACUCAGUGGGGGAAUUUAUGUAGUGUUUCCUUUAGGUGUCAAGGUCCCUGCUCAGCAUUGCAGUGUGGAAGGAGGUGGGAAGAUGAGAAAUACUGAAUUCUUACAUCACUGAGCUGCUUUGAAGAGUUUCACACUCAAACUCCACUGUCACUGGAACUUGAAGUCGUAUUCUCCCUUCAUUAUGGCAAAUUCAGUAUGUCCCUCAUCUACCUUUUCAAAUCAAAACACUUUUUUCCUGUGGUUUCUUUUUUAUGUAAUGAGAUGUGCAGGACUGAGGGCUCAUCCUUGUUCUGCUGCCCUCCAACAAUCCUUUGGAACUCUUCUGGUGUCACCAUUUCUCUACAGAGCUAAAUAAAAUAAACUGCAGUGUUCCCUAUGUGUGAUGAAAGUUUUCUCAUUCUGUGAGGAAUGUGAUUUAGUAAAUACAACCUUUUUAUCCAAUGACAUUACCUGACUGUAUAGAAGAUGAAUUUGAGUACUUCUAUUUUUAAUCCAAAAUUGUUCACCUUUUGGCUUGCAAGAUACUCUGUGCCACUUUAGAAGGGCAGGAAGACAAAUUGCUGACGUGAUACUGUUCAUCUAAAUUUAUAGGUUUACACAAAGAUUUCUUAAGUGACUAAGACUCUGAACUCAACUUAAAGUACCUUUGAGGCAACUGAUUUUCUGAAGGAGCUCAGAAGCUCUCUCAGUGCUGGAUUCCUUUUCAAGUGGCUACUUUAGGUCACUGCUUGCUUUUGAAAAUGUUAAACACCAUUUUACUUCAAUAGUAAAUGUUAAUACAUUGAUUUCAGAGUCCCCCAGGUGAGCUGUAGGCACGGUGUGAGAUUUUUCCAGCAGUUCUCACUGUUGGUUUGGUGUUCAUCACCACAGUUCCUCGUGAUCCACGGGGAGUGGAACUGAGCCAGCACUGAAACUGCAGAGCACGUGUGAAACAAAGCAGGUUGUGAGCUGCUGUGGGGCAGCAGUGCUGCUUUA